AUGUCUAUAACACUUUAUUUUAAUCCAUAUUCCCAUAGAUGUUUAUCUGUAAAGACAGUCUUAUUGUUAACAAAAUCAGACUUCAAUGAAAAAAUUAUAGAUGUUUUAAAGGGAGAAAAUGUCAAACAGGCAUUCACUAAUAUCAAUCCUAAUCAAACCGUUCCUGCAAUUACUGAAGGGUUUUUCAGUUUAUUUGAAAGUCAUGCGAUUAUUAAAUACAUUUGUAUUAACAAACCUGAUUACAAAUUAUAUCCUAAUACAUUAUAACAAAAGGCUUUAGUAGAUUCAUAUUUAGAUUGGCAUCAAAACGAAUUUACUAAGCUUUUAGAUUACUCUAAAGAAUGUUAUUUGUAACCGUUGUUGAUAGGAAACAAAAUUCCUGAAAACAGAGUUUCAAGAUUAGUAGACGUAGAAGAAGUUUUGGUUUUUUUUACCAAGACUUUCUUAAACAACGGGCAAUAUAAUUAUAUAUAUGAUUAACCCAGUUUUACUCUCGCAGAUAUUAGAGCAGUCUGUGAUUUGACUUCAUUAUUUAUUUGUAAUUUUGAUUUUGAAAAGUUUCCAAUAUUAGAACAAUACAUUUGGAGAAUGUUUAAAAUUACAGAUUUAUACUAAUCUCAUAAGGAGUAUUUUAAUUUAAUUUAGAAACAAAAAUAUAAAAAUUAGUUCAUUUAAUCAAUUUUGACUAAAUAAAUAAAAUAAGAACAAAUCACUUUAUAUUUUUAUCCACUUUCAUCGCCAUCAAGGGCUGUAAGAUCCUUAUUUUUAAUGGCUAAGAUUGAAUAUAAUGAAAAAGUCAUAGACAUCCUGAAAUCUGAAAACAAAUCUGAUAAUUACACUUAAAUAAAUCCGAAUCAAACAGUUCCCUGUAUUAAAUAAGGCACCUUUACUCUUUUUGAGAGUCACGCAAUUUUAAAAUAUAUUUGCGAAUAAUAUAUGCUAUUAGACUUUUACCCAUAAGAAAAUUUAAGACUUAAGGCCUAGAUUGAUAGUUAUCUUGAUUUUCAUCUGAGUGAAAUGAGAUAAAUCACAGAAUUUGUUAUGAGUUCAUAAAAGAAUCAGAAUGAACAAGAGUUAAAAGAUAAAUAAAAAAAUAUAGAUUAAUUGUUAUAAUUUUUUGUUAAAAUCUUUCUAAACGAAGGAAAAUAUAAAUACAUAUAUAACCACAAAACCAUCUCAAUAGCAGAUUUGAGUGCUGUCAAUGAGAUCUUAUUUUUAGUUAUGAUCAAUUAUGAAUUUAAUAACGUACCUCAAAUCUAAAAAUAUAUAGCCAACAUCAUCGAGAAUUCAUAAGUGAAAUAGUCUAACAAAGAGUAUUUUUCAACAAUAAGCAGUAAUUAACAUAAUAAUUUAAAUUAAUUUAAUAAGUAAAUUAUAACAACUACAAAAAAAAGAGGCUGUUGUUGA